AUGGCGGCCGAAAUUGUGGAAGCUCUGUCCAGCUGCAUUCGUACCAUCGACUGCAAGCAAGGCGCGGUGCGAGCGGUGCGCUUCAACGCCGACGGCUCGUACUGCCUGACUUGCGGCUCUGACAGGAAAAUCAAGCUAUGGAACCCGAACAAGAAUCUGCUGCUCAAAACCUAUCCCGGUCAUGGGAAGGAGGCGAUGGACGUAGCAGGCUCUUGCGACAGCGCCAAGUUGGUCUCGUGCGGCGCCGACAAGAUGGUCAUCAUAUGGGACGUGGCCACCGGCCAGUCUCUGCGGCGCUACCGUGGACACGCAACCGUGGUCUCGUGUGUCCGCUUUAAUGAGGACUCCAGUGUGGUCAUCUCCGGCAGCCACGACAACUCAGUCCGAAUCUGGGAUACGCGCAGCAAUAUUUACGACCCAAUUCAAAUUCUGAACGACGCCAAGGACAGCAUCACUUCUAUCCAGGUUACUGAGCACAAAAUCCUGACCGGCUCAGUGGAUGGAAAAAUCAGAGAGUACGACCUCCGAGCUGGCCAGCUGACCACAGACACCCUGGGCGAGGCCACGACCAGCGUCACGUACACCAGGGAUGGACAGUGCGUCGUAGCCAGCUGCGCUGACGCCUCCGUUCGUCUCAUCGACACCACUGCUGGGGAACUUCUCAACGAGUUUCGAGGCCACACCACCAAAGACUAUUGCGUCGAAACCGCCACAGGUCCUGGGGACUCAACAAUUUUGUGCGGCUCUUCAGACGGAUGUGUUUGGAUCUGGGAAUUGGUGACGGGUAAUGUUUUGGGCAAACUGACCCACAGCUCCCUUCCAACAGUGGUGCCAACGUUGAGUAUUAAUCCAUCAGCCAACCAAGUGCUCACGGCAAGUGAGGGGUGCAUUAAAUUGUGGGGUGAAAUGUCGCCUGAAGACAUUUUGAUUUGUGAUGAUUGAUUUGUUGAUGUGACUUUAAAAACCAUUCCUAAACUGUGUUGACUCUUCAGGUCAAUAAAAUAUCAAUUUUUGGUA